ACAUUACAAGCUAUGUGUAACCCUUGAUAGGGAUCAUUUAAAGGAUCAUUCUGUGGGAGACUAAGUCACGGCAGUUAGUUUUGCUCAUAAUAAUUAGUACUUUAUUGUAAAAAUUACAAUAGAUACUGUUAUGAGUCAGAAGUGCGCGGGAUUGAUUGUUUGAAUUGCAAUAUAGGGAGCAGCAUGAAUUAAAUAUAAAACGCAGUUUAACUUGGAUUUAUUUAUUGUUCUGAUUUUGGUUGGAUUGAGUGUUGUGGACUAUUAAAACUCAUGGGAGAUUCAGCCAAUCACUUUUACAGACUGGUGUUGGAGCGUCACCACCAGCAGGGGAUGGCGGGGCGACACAUCGCCAUACCAACAUGGCUCGAGUCCCUUGACAUGAGCCAGUAUCUGCCUGACUUCCAGAAAUAUGGAGGUGUCGAGGACAUCUUGCAAUUGACGGAGUCGGAUAUCAAUGACCUUGGUGUGCGAAAUGCGGCUCACCGCGCCAAAAUUUUCUCCAGCCUAACCAUACUGCGGGACAAAUAUGAACGCUCUACUACACCAGGACGAAAGCCAAGCCCGCUCCAACAAGUACAGCGCAGUCAGUCAGCCACUGCCCAGUUGUCAUGGUCACCCCCAUCGGCAGUAAAUAGUCCUGACUACCAGCAGGUGUCCACAAAUAUCUCCCCUGAACGUCUUCAGCAUGACUUACUGAUAGAACUACAUGGUGAUCCUGCUGACCUAAAAUCUUUUGCCUGGUAUCAUGGCAGUAUAUCGCGGCAGAGAGCGGAGAGAAUCGUGGUGAAAAAUGGGGACUUCUUAGUGCGAGACUGUAUCUCCCAGCCAGGAAACUUUGUGCUCAGUUGUUGCUGGAGAGGUGGACCAUUUCAUUUUGUGAUUAACUCUUCAGUCGUUGACCAAGGGCCAGGAAGGUUGCCCAAAGUGAACUACUAUUUUGAAGAAGUUUGUUUCACCAGUGUGCAAAGUCUGGUUCAGUAUUACCAGGACGAGUGUAAAGUGAUAACUGAUAUCUCUGGUGCAGUAAUUACAACGCCGAUAGCAAGAUCUAUGCCAUUGAGUUUCUAUGACAGUAGAUAUGGAAUGUUAAGCGCUAUGGCGAAUGCUCAAGGGAGUCACUACAGUAACCUUCCUCGGACCCGGAAUUCCCCCACCCCGGGCCAGUACCAGUCUCCCAGCUCUGCAUGGCCCCCUACAACUCUGGUGGCCCCUCAGGCAGGCUACCCCCCUGGCUCAGUGUCAUCCCAUUAUGCAUCACUACCUGGUAGAUCUAUCACUCCUCCAAGUUCCUUAGUGACUUCAGGUUCAAUGUACAUGAGUGUCCCUGCUCAGACAAUGAUGGCCCCACAUCCAGCCGUCUCCACUCAAAUGUCCCCUGUAGGGCCACAAGCUUCAAUACCCCCCCACACACAAAACCUGCCCAUAAGGUCCAACACCCCAUCUCAGGAGCAAUACAGGUCACCCAACAUGACCCCAAGGUCAAGCCCCCAGGGCACCCCAGGGGUCAGUCCUAGAAUCAGCCCCUCGGGGAGCCCCCAACAUGGGAGAAAAACCAGGCAUGUGGAAAGGGCAGGAAGCCAGCCAAUGUUGUCGAUCAACGAUAUCCCUGUUCUCCUCCCCAUGCACAUGGAUCGUGCAGACAGCCUGCCAGUAAUUCCAGGCCUUUACCGUCCUGAAAGAGAUACAUCAAUGCCAUUCCCACCUGCUGAUUCGGGAAUAUACAAGGAGGUGACUCCAACCUCCAAUGCUCAUGCCAUUACUCUGCCCCCUUCCUCUGAUCAACACCCACAUUACAUACAUCAGCGAUCAGGCAGUGCUCCUGUACUCACACCUGGUAUAAAUGUCACACAGCAUUUUGACAUGUUAGCUCCUCCCACUAGUUUAAAUCCUGCCAUCUCAGACAGUGACCUUCAUAAAGCUCCACCCCCAAAACCAAGUAGGAUACCUUCAGUGAAAUAUAAAAAGAAGCCACUGGUGACUGUUAGAAAUAAGGCAUUGUAUGAUGAUGACGAUAGAGAUUACAGCGAUUACAGCCAGGUUAAAUCAGAUCCUAGUUGGGCUCAUGAACUUCCAAGUAAAGAAAACAAAUCUGCCAAUAAAAACCAAGGUGAUAAACUGUAUGAUAACAAUUUCCAUGGUGUGAGCCAAUCACAAUCAACCUUACAACCAAAAGAUGUCAAUCAAAAUGUGCCAAAAGGUGAUAGUAGGAAAAUAUCUGAUACAAACUUUAAUGUGCUUGAUGGGCAUGAUUAUUCUGACAUUCCAGCAUUUCCACUGGAAAUCGACUUAAAAAGGGGCCAAAGUGGCAUGGUCAAACAUCCACAAGAAAUUUUCUCAAAGAAACAAGAACAAGAUGAACCCAAAGUAAAAAUACCAACAAUAGAAAGUGAACCAAGUUUCAACAUGAACUCCUACACAUCAGUAUUACUGCCAAACGAGAACAAAUUGUUAGAACCAUCUGUGUUAAUUAAGCUGAGAGACACACUUUUAAAGACCAAUACCAAGUUGUUGGCAAAAUACCUAACCGCUGUUGACCUUGACCUUCUCAAGGUCAUAAAUGAGGAUGACCUUGGUGUGAAGGUCAUGUCAGGCCUAGAACUGAUCACUCUGCCGCAGGGGAAGCAACUCAGACAGGAAAUGCUGGAAAGGAUCUUCUGUCUUCAAGCCUUCGUGAAGCUUAUGAUACUAACAUGUCAGCGUGUGAUUGACAGGGCGGCCAUGUUGUCCACUUGGAUACAGGUUGCCAUGGAAACACUGGGCAUCCUGGGAAACCUGUUUGCGUUUGAAAACAUCAUGGAGGCACUUAUGUCAAAACAGAUUCAGAGAUUAAAGGACACAUGGCUUGUUCUUCGCCAGGCACACACAAGUAGCGCGUUCCUGUUUGACACAAAGCUCAGAGGGGCACUCCGCACGAUACAAGAGGGCAGUGGCUCUCUUCCUGUACAGGACAUCUGCAUACCAAACAUCAACGCUAUUGUACAGCUACUGGAAAGAACUCUAGAUUCACAGAGUUACCUUCCUUGGGAAGUUGCGGACAUUAACAACAGCCUUGACACCAUGCUGAUGCACCUUGACCUCGCACGGGUGAUAACGGCACAAAGUGGCGUGUACAGAAUUACUGGGCGUGCAAGGGUGAAAGAUUUAGAUGCGGAAAGGGAUAGUUUGGAAAUGUUUGAGACACUUUUCUUUAUGAGGUUUUUAUGGGGGUUUAAAGGGGCAGGGGUGAAUAGGAAUGAGAGACAUAAUAAGUUUACCAUGCUGUUGACGGCGUACUCGGAGAAAAUGGAGAAAGAAGGGGAUGAUGGGACAGCCGUUUAGUGAGAAUGAGUUUGAAAUUACACAGCACAUGAUGGUACUGCUGUGUUGAUUAUUAAUAAUAUAGCUAUUGCUUGUGUUUAAACAAGAUUCAUAGAUAUGGUGCAAUCAAUCAAAGAAAAAUUUAAAAGGAAUAUCUAUAUGAUCAAACAUUCAUUGUUGUGUAGGGGAGUCAAGUGGAACAGGCAUGUAUCUUCAUAGAUUCAUUAUGCAUAUUAUAUGCUUUUUCAUGGGAUCUUUUUCUAUAAAGUUUAAUACCUGAUUUGUGUAAUCAAAUAGGUAUCCAAAACAUAAUUUAAAAAAGUUGAAACAUUAACUUAUUUUAUAGUGUUGUUGAUGUUGUUUGCAUUAAGUUAUGCACAACAAAGUUUAUUGCUAUUAUUCGCUGUAUAGAGGAAGUUGUUAAAUAUGUUUAACAAUGUUUUUAGACAGGGAUACCAUUAAUGCAAAAGGAGUAAUUGGAUACUAAUGAUUGUUUCUUGGCAAAUCAUGUUGAAAUUAUGCUGUCCAUGUUUCUGUCGAUGCUGAUUUUGUUAUUUUAUUGUCUCGAAACAACGUUUCAGCAGGAAUUAUUUUGAGCAUAUUUUUGUCUUCUGUUUUUUUUGUGUUGACUUUGUUAUUAUAGGGCUUAAAGUCUGGGAACAACCUUUUUAUUCAGCAGGAAUUGUUUUUUGAGCAUAUUUUUGUCUUCUGUUUUUUGUGUUGAGUUUGUUUUUCUUGGGUUUUAAGUCUGGGAACAAUUGUUUUGGCGCAUAUUUAUCUCAUGUUUUUUUUUCACCAUUGUCAUCAUUGGGCAAAAGCUUUGACCAUAUCUAAAGUCUGUAUAUGUAAAACAGCUCACAAAUAAGCACGUUUUCUGAUAGCUCCAUUAACAAUUAUGUACAAAUUGUUAUGCCUUGUGACCCCAUAUAAUUCUGAUAUCAAUUUUAAGGUCACUGCUUGCUGUUUACUUAUAUGUAAAAUAAAUAAACAAAAUACACUAUAGAUAAAGUAAUUGCAAUUUGUGUAAUUGUUCUUCAUUUCUUCUAAAUUUCAGUGCCGAAGCAUGCUUGUUGCAUUACUUAAGGUAUUUGUUUUGUAUAUUUAUUAUCUGCGAAUAGAAAAACAGUACCAAAAUACUAUGGGAUUGCCAUCAUUUACUAUUCACAUAAUUGUGGUUCAAAUACCUUAAAGUAAUUGUAUUUCUGUCUGUAUUCUCAUAUAUCAAAUUGGUACCCUUAUAUUGAUUCAAUGUUUCACAAUACUUUAUUUGAUAUCAGGCUUGAUUGUAUAAUAAUCAUUGUUAGAAGAAGUGUGAUAAUUAUGCAUCAUGCUUUAUUCUUUUUGAAGGCGCACAAUAUAGGUUGAUGCCAAAUUUUUGUUUUGUUUUAAUUUAAUGCAUUAUCCUGUUGAACUUAUUUGACAUAAGUGAUAGAAAAACAAUGAAAUGAAUAUGAAUUAGGAACAGAUAAAGAAAUAUUAGCAAUAUUUUGGCACUUUUUCAAAUGGGUAAUAUGUGGCGAUGUAGCUAUUACGAUAAUUUUAUUUUUUUUAAUAUAGGCUGAUACCUUUUUAUCAAACACAUUUUUUUGUUUUUAUUCAAUUGCCAAAUUAAGUCAAAUGAGAUAAACAUGAUACUGCAUUAAAAUCUAAAAAAUAAUGUGCCUUAAAGGAAAAGUAAUAUACAUGUUUGAUGUACAAGUAUAUUUUUUACUAAUUAGUAAUUACUUUCAUUUGUUGUUUUGUUACAUUAAAUAAUAUAAAUAUACUAUACUGUAUAAUACAUAUACUACUAGAUUUAUACACACAUGUAAAUAGGAAUAAUAUCAUGCAAUUGUUAACAUAUUUGUUUAAAAUAAUAAACUUUAAACUUUUAA